ACUCCAUCGCUGUGGCGUUCACGUGAUCUGCCCGGGCGCAGAUGUGGGCACCGGUCCGAGUGCCUGCCCUCUGUCCGUGUGGCUGCGUCCCGUAUGCUCCGGUCCCUGGGCUCCUAAUUCUUGGUCCAGCUUCUUCCAGGUCUGCGCGUCUGUUGUUCCCAGCGCUCUGCGAGGCCUGAAAAGGAGGAACAACCUGUCCAGAAUCCCCACAGGACAGGAAAAGGAGGGGAAAUCUCGACAUGGAAAGACUCUGCAGUGAAAAUGAAGGAAUGCCUUCGAACCAAGGAAAGAUGGAAAAUGAAGAACAGCCACAGGACGAGGGAAAGCCAGAAGUAGCUUGUACUCUGGAAGACAAGGAGAAGUUAGAAAACGAGGGAAAGACAGAAAACAAGGGCAAGACAGGAGAUGAGGAAAUGUUAAAGGAUAAAGAAAAGCCAGAGAGUGAGGAAAAUGCAAAAGAAGAAGGAAAGUCAGAGAAGGAGGGAGAGGCAGAGAUGGAGGGAGGAUCAGAGAGAGAGAGAAAGCCAGAGAGAGGGGGAGAGCCAGAGAGUCGAACAAGGUCUGCAGGGAAGCGCCCAGCUGAGGAUGAUGUACCCAGGAAAGCCAAAAGAAAAACUAAUAAGGGAUUGGCUUAUUAUCUCAAGGAGUAUAAAGAGGCCAUACACGAUAUGAAUUUAAGCAAUGAGGACAUGAUAAGAGAGUUUGACAAUAUGGCUAGGGUGGAGGAUGAGAAGAGAAAAAGCAAACAGAAGUUGGGGGCAUAUUUGUGGAUGCAAAGAAAUUUACAGGACCCCUUCUACCCCAGAGGUCCAAGGGAGUUCAGGGGUGGCUGCAGGGCCCCACGAAGGGACAUUGAAGACAUUCCUUAUGUGUAGUGUCCCUGGCAGGCAUAUAUCAGACCAUGUGCUUUAACCUUAUGGUAAUACUUUAGGCAUCCCUCCUGUUACUAGCAGCCUUUUGACCCAACUGCAACGCGAUGUUUUCAGUAGCAAAUUUUCAUCUGUUACAUGGAAAAAUGUUUAUGGUGUAUUGUAAAAUUAAAAAACACAACUUGCAGAACCAAA